UGAAUUGCUUGUUAAACCGCAGAAAUUUCUUCUUCAUGAAAAAUUGCUGAAGAAUGUAACAAAAUACUGCUUGAACGUGUGAAUGCAAAGAGAGUCGAGCUUUUGGUCUGCUAAGUGUCGGAGAUCUGCAAAGUCUUGAGUAAAUAUUUUAAUUGGUAAUGACGCUGGUUUUACGGGGGUUUGACGGCUAAGCUAUGUUCUGACGUGGCGGUUUACUUUUUACGCCCAAAAACCGAUGAUUGAGAAAUUAACAGGAAAAUGUUUGUAGGAAAUUUCACAGCUGGAAAAUGAAGAGAAAAGGCAGGUGACAUGUUAACUUACUUGGAUCCGUUACCGUCAAUACACGACGAUUUUGGUUGUACAUGAUGUGAUUUUUCUUGUUUGCUGCCGGCUGUGCAUUUAUUGUCGUUUGAAGCUCAUUAAUCUAUUGGAUUGGAGUGAGAAAAUUAGAGUUGAAUUGUAUUUAAAAAGUACAUUUGUGUGAAGUGACCUGAAGGAAAUUUUUUGGAUAAGCUGGAGAAUGAAAAUUUGAGUGCUAGGUACCUAUAAUACUACCGUAUACGCCAGAUUUGUGGGGUUAAAAGAAGCUUCGGGCAGGGUUCUCGGUAAAUACAGGCUGUCCAGACAAAAAUUGUGCUGGAAAACUUUUUUAAAGUGUUGUAAUCCAAUCUUAAAAGUAACGCAUUCUGCUAAAUUCGGAGGGUCGACAUUUUUCUGCUUUACAAGUAUGCCGCGAAAUUAUUUUAUUUGAAUGCUGGGAAUAAUGGAAAUCCUCGCGAAAGCUUCGGAUUAUAUUAUUACUGUCAUAAUUAUUCUUGUUUAGGAAGCAUAUUUUUGGAUCUGUAAGAUCUACCUGUCAUUUGCCUUGGAUGCUUCAGUCAGACUGGUUCUUACGGCAUGAAUUAAAGCUGAGGCGUAUGGCGUUUGCAAUUGAGGUUAAUCCGGCCGUUAGUUCUUCUGGAAGUGAGUGUUUUUAAUGAAUGGUAGAGAAGUGGUUGAGAGAGGGCUAAUUAUUGAGCAAAAUGGAGGCACAGGACGGCAGAUCAGGAGCGGCUUUUGAGACGGUCAAGAUUGCGGAAGAUCGGCCUGCUACAGAUCAGCAUGGGGAUCAAUCUGGAGUGGAUAUGGUGGCUGCACUUAACCGUGAUAUUGCUGUUUCGUCUCCCGUCACGAGACAGAAAGUUGCCGUAGCCAAACAGUUUAUUGAGAACCAUUACAAGAAUCAUCUCAAGAACCUGCAGGAUCGCAGAGAAAGGCGUAGGGCAUUGGAGCGCAGAUUACAAGAAGCACAAGUUUCGGAAGAAGAACAAGUAGAAAUGUUAAAGAACCUGGAACGUAAAGAAACUGAAUACAUGCGACUGCAAAGACAUAAAGUAGGUGUUGAUGACUUUGAGCCACUAACUAUAAUUGGCAGAGGAGCAUUCGGAGAGGUGAGGCUCUGUCGUGCUAAGUCAACUGGACAAAUCUAUGCAAUGAAAAAGCUCAAGAAGUCAGAAAUGCUUAGUCGUGGACAGGUGGAACAUGUAAGGUCUGAGAGGAAUCUACUUGCAGAAGUUGAUAGCCGGUACAUUGUGAAGCUGUUUUAUUCAUUUCAAGACACAGAAUAUUUGUACCUUAUCAUGGAAUACCUUCCUGGGGGUGACAUUAUGACACUGCUCAUUCGUGAGGAUGUUUUAGCUGAGGAUGUUGCACGCUUUUAUAUUGCACAGAGUAUCCUGGCUAUUCACUCAAUACAUAAACACAACUAUGUUCAUAGGGAUAUCAAGCCAGAUAACUUGUUGCUGGAUAAAGAUGGCCAUAUGAAAUUAUCAGAUUUUGGAUUAUGCAAACCACUAGAUUAUACCACAUUGUCAACUUUGAAUGAAGACGAGCCAUUUACAGAUGAUGAACUACAUCGAGCUCUGGAAACGGAAGGACGUUCAGAUUUGAGAGGGCGCAACAGGGGCCUCUUGUUAACUCAAAGGGAACAGAUUCAACACUGGAAAAGAAACCGGCGAUCACUGGCUUAUUCGACUGUUGGCACACCUGAUUAUAUGGCACCUGAAGUUUUGGUAAAGAAGGGCUAUGGCAUGGAGUGUGAUUGGUGGUCCUUAGGUGCAAUCAUGUAUGAGAUGCUUGUUGGCUGCCCUCCUUUCUGUUCUGAUGACCCCAAAAUUACAUGUAGAAAGAUCCUUUGCUGGAAGACAUGCUUGAAAUUUCCUGAAGAACCUCGAGUAUCACCUGAAGCGAAAGAUUUGAUUUGUAGGUUGCUAUGUGAUGUAGAUCACAGGUUGGGUUCAAGAGGAGUGGAUGAAAUAAAGGCACAUCCAUGGUUCAGAGGUAUUCAAUGGGACAGGUUGUAUGAGAUGGAAGCAGCAUACAAACCUGUGGUCACUGGGGAGUUGGACACUCAAAAUUUUGAAAAAUAUGAUGAGGUUGAACCUCCACAGCCACCAAAAUUAAGGUCAGGGCCUUGGCGUAAGAUGUUAACAUCGAAGGAUGGUCAUUUUGUUGGAUAUACUUAUAAUAACCGCGACAUGUUUAAAGCAAUCCAAGGAACAACUGAGAUUAAAGAAAAGAGCCAGCCAAAGAAGAAGCCUUCCCUAGUCUCCUUGUUUGAGAAAAUUGAUUUGGAAGAAACUACAAGUACAAAUGGUGACAGUGUGGGCACAACAAGAGGAGUUGCAUGAGCAUUGGCAUACUAGUCUUUGUUCGAAUCACCUUUGCUUACCUUUUUUUGUCUGUAAGGGUGAUGCCAUACAAUUUUCAUCAUUAUAUUCUGUAAAGAAUCAAAAUGCGAUGAAAAUAAGUGUCCGUAAAGGGCAGAUUAAUUCAUUAACAAACCUUAUAUGAAGUUAAAAAGGGUUUGACGUCCCUCCAAUUUAUUGUAAUAUUUAUGUAAUUUAUUUUGUUUAAAGUUUCAAUCAAAUGCAAAUGGUUGAUUCUCUCU